AUGACUCACUUGGAUGGGAAGAUGGUCAAUCUGCGUGAGAAGUGCUCCAAUGUCCUAAGUUGCCGGAUAGCCGGUGUGGUUCUGGUGGAUAAGAAGUUCAACUACACGAUGGCGGAGACUGUGUGUGAGGCUCUGGGGUUGCAGAUCGCCAGCAGGCCCAACAUAGCGAAGGCGCGGGAUUUUGGCUUUGAGACUUGCAGCUACGGGUGGGUGGUGGAGAAGUACGGAGUUAUUCCACGAAUUCAGAACAAUGAAAAAUGUGGAAGGAACCUAACUGGGGUUCUCACCUGGACCGUCCCGCCGACCCACGAAUUCAGCGUCUAUUGUUUCAACUCUUCUGAUCUGCGGAUCAAUUCCUGUAAACCGGGGCUCAUGGUGACUAUAGCGCCCAGCACCGCGUCGCCAACGACCGAUUCCCCGCCACCGCCAACCACUCAACCACGGGUCACAGAUCCGCAGGGAAGGACAACAGGAUGGCCGAUCUUACCGACAACAUCGAGAGAGUCGACGAGCCGUCCGCACUCCUCCACAUUGAUAACAACACUAAAGACGACACCAAAAGUGGUUCCGCCCACUACGACGCCAAAGACGACGACUCCGCCAUUAACGGAGGAACCGACGAACCCACCGGAAAAUCAAGCGGCUCGGCAGAGCGAGAGGAUCGUAUUUGGAAAAUUACCGACCGCGCUGCUCAUCCUGGCAGUGGUGUUCUUCAUAGCAGCCGUGGUGCUCGCCAUCUGCUACAUUAGGAAGUACAAAACCAGCGUGUUCUUCAGCAAGAUAAAAGUGGAGAAGGAGUCCGUGGAGACCAAAGUCCUCCGAGAAACCGCCGACGCCACGAAAGAGGAAGAAAUCACCCCGAACGGGAGGGAGGAGAAGCCACAGAACCUCCAGGCCAACACAUCAAACAGCAUGGAGGCCGAGGUGUAGCCGGCGCCCCGGACUCAGAGAUAGACUGCUCACUUCCCCGGGCCGCCGUGUGAACCCCAACACACCGAGCAGCCCACGGGAGACACAAAACCCGGACAGAACGUGACUUGUAUUAAAGCUG